UUCUUUUGUGAGAUAUCUCUACCUGCCGCCAACGCCUCUCGGGCAGUCUCGUCUCGUCAACUUCACCAUACUCCUUCCCCGAGCCUCAGAAACGCCCGACAAGUGUCCUCAAUGCAAAUGCAAUCACUUUUUUCUACAUCCUACUCACCGUGGAGCUUGAUUUCUUUCAAACCUUUUUCACAUGGCUCGAGGUAGUCGAAAGAAUCACCCGCAAGCACGUUGCCAUUUACUCUUCUCGUCGGCAAUCCUCCUAGAUUCUCCCCGAAUCUCAGCGGCCGCUAUUUCGAUUGCAUCGGGCAGCCAGGAUUCCAAACCACUCAAGAAGCUACUCUUUCAAGCAUUAAUUUUCAUGCAAGUCUCUCAAGACCAAAAAAACGUCAUUCCCAGGCAUUUUCAGCCCUCCAGCGAGCGACCGCAUAGCUCCAACUGGGCAAGCGAGGGAACGGAUUGGCUUCUCUCGCGUAAUACGAGAGGCCUUCCGGACCGAUCGUUGCCAAGUUUACCGAAGUGGUGGGAAAAGGCGCCAUUAAAGUUAAGACAAGCAAGUGAGCCUCUGCCCGUUUUCCCUCAUGCCCUCCGCAAAACACAACUGAACUCACAAGAUACUGAGGCUUUCGGCGUAUCGCCCGCCACUUACUUCGUUCAGAGACUCAUUCAUUUCAUGUAACACAUGUCGUAACCGUUAUUCACAUGCUGUCUCAAUUAUUAUAAGGGUUGAUAAUGCCAGUUAACUUAAUUUAAUAAUUUUUAUAAGGGGU